GAGGCUAAAGCCUGCAUGUCUGGACCCUCAUCGGGAAAAAGGGACUCCCUACCAAGCUACAGACUCGAGCUGACCAUCCGUACUACCGUCGCCUUGAAUGCCUCCAACCAGCAGUGUUUGCUGCCAGACAGACACCUUGAGAAGACAGAGGACAUGGUUAAGUUCAUGAAGGAUAUCUUGGAUGGUGCUGCUGAAGCACAGGCUGGUGAUGGACUUCUGCAACGAAGCAAGAGAGUCAUCUAUGAGGCCAAGGCUGCUGUAAUGGUAGAGUUCAUUGCUUAUUCAGUGAGGUGAUGCUCUUGUCAGUCAAGAAGGACUUAGUUGCAGAGGCUUUGGAAAUGCUUUGAUGUAAGCUUGUUGCCAUGCUGUGCCUAGUGUAUCUAUUGUCACUAUUUAGAACUAGGCUUAAACCAAAUGAACUUCUUGAUUAAAACAGCCAAUCAUGUCUGCCACA